AUGGCCGAGGACAAGGCAUUGGUGUCUCCACCGACACUCGAGGUAGUCACCGCGUGUCAUGUUUCCAAUGCACAGGAUGAAUUCUUAUACACGGAAUCCACUGUACGCGUCAACGGGGAAUAUCAUUUUGUUAUGGAAAUCUAUCAAUGGUUCGAUUUGGACGAUCUUGUUAACCUUGACUUCAGUCAAUUGGAUCUGACAGGUCUGAUCCUGGAAGAAAUUCCAGACAAGGUCGCAUUGGCCAUGGCGGAUUCUUUCGCAAUCGAGUCAAUCAAAGCAAUCCCAAUCCCUGUUGAGAACAUCUGCCCCAGAUUCACGUCUUCUCUUACUGCCGCACCCGAACGAAUCAUGGAUAACAACUGCUUUUUCAAGUACGCCCGUCUAGAUCGCAAGGCAGCCGAGCCAAACAAUAGGAUCAAGCAAAUUGUUCUGAUGGAGGCCAAGGCCUGCGAGGUACUGAUGAAGCAUCCCCAUCCAAAUGUCGCCAAAUACUGGGGAUGUUAUGUUGUCGACGGUAGAAUUCGAGCUCUUUGCUAUCAAAAGUAUAUCAUGACUCUCAAACAACGCAAAAAAACAGGUAUACCUCUUAAUGUACCGAAAUGUUUAAGGGGUAUUCGAGACGGCAUCUGUCAUAUGCACAGUUUGGGUCUUAUACAUAACGACAUCAACCCCAACAAUAUCAUGAUAGACGAAUUCGACAACCCUGUCAUCAUUGACUUUGAUUCGUGUACAUGUCAAGGGGAAAAGGUUGUCAAGGGGUGGACUAGGAACUGGUGCAUGGAGGGGGCGGAACUAAGCUCGCCUGAGAACGACUUUUAUGGACUUCGAAAAAUAGAGGAGUACCUAUUGCGACCGGAGCAGGAGGUCAUGAACUCAUGUGAAGACAUUGAGGGGGAGUUGGAAGGAAUGCGAACUCAAGUGUAA